ACGAAUUUCGUCGGUAUAAAAAGAAAACAGCGAGGGAAGAUUGUCAGUCAGGCCAGGUGCAUUUACAGGCUUCUGUGACCCCACAGUACCAUGAGUGUGAGCUUAUACGACGCUGUUCCCGCGCCAGUGUGCGCCCGACCCUUUGUGGGUGGGCCCCAGCUGACGGAUGUCUGCGCAGCGGGCACAUCGUCGGUGUUUCUGACGGUUUUGAACUCGCUCCUGAUCGCGUCUCCAGAGAUCGGAGACCCAUGCGGACGUGUCCCUACACAUGGGAGCCCGAAGCUCAAUUACGACUUCAUCGUCGUCGGCGCUGGGGCAGCAGGACCAGUGAUAGCUUCGAGGUUGAGCGAGAAAUGGUCGGUGUUGCUGGUGGAAGCUGGUCCGGAUGAACCGGCUGGUGCGCAAGUGCCCAGUAAUUUUCUACUUUAUCUCGGUGGUGAUCUGGAUUGGAAGUAUCGCACUCAGGACGAGUCGUACGCCUGUCUGAGCACUGGCGGUAGCUGCUACUGGCCACGUGGUAAGAAUCUAGGCGGGAACACGAUGCACCAUGGUAUGGCCUAUCAUCGAGGCCACGCCAAGGAUUACGAGAGAUGGGUGAACGAUGGCAACGAGGGAUGGAGCUGGGACGACGUUAUACCGGCCUUCAAGAAAUUGGAGGACAAUCGAGAGAUCGGCAGGGUCAGCGCCGAUUUCCAUGGUGUCGGAGGCUUGAUGACGGUCGAAAGAUUUCCCUGGCAUCCUGACUUCGCCCUAACAGUUUUGGAAGCAGCCAAUGAGACUGGCUACGGAGUCACCGAAGACAUGGUCGGCGAGCAAAUCACCGGUUUCACGAUCGCCCAAACGAUCAGCAAGAACGGCGUGCGAGAAAGCUCCAUAAAAUCGUUCAUCAAACCGUUCAAAGAUCGCAAAAACCUGCAAGUGAUCAGCAAUUCCUUGGUUACCAAAAUCGAUGUUAAAGGCAAGAAGGCUGUCGGUGUCAAUAUCGAAAUUAACGGAGUUUCCCACUACGUUGGAGCGAACAAAGAAGUAAUCGUAUCAGGAGGAACCAUCAACAGCCCGCAGCUGUUGAUGCUGUCCGGUAUCGGGCCCAAAGAUCACCUGGAGUCCCACGAUAUUCCCGUGGUGCUCGACCUACCCGGCGUGGGCGAGAAUCUGCACAAUCAUCAGUCGUUCGGUAUCGACUUCACCGUGAACGUGGCGAAAUUCAGCGAGCUGAACGAGGGCAGCGCUAUACAGUAUCUGACCAACCAAACCGGACCCCUAUCGGGCACAGGCAUGGCCCAGGUGACGGCCAUCCUGUCGUCGAAACUGACCACUCCGGACGAUCCGGACAUCCAGAUCUUCUUCGCAGGAUUCCAGGCCGUGUGCCCAAGCAAGGAUCAUAUCGUCGACAUGAAGGACGACCCCACGAGGAUGCCUGUCAGGUUCACGUCUGUGAACGUCCGUCCGACCAGCAGGGGUCGCAUCUCGCUCCGCAACAAGAACCCUCACAGCCAUCCGGUCAUCUGGAGCAACGACUUGGGCACCGAGCAUGACAGGAACGUGGUCGUCGAAGGUGUCAAAGUGAUUCUGAAUCUCGCCAACUCGACGGCCAUGAAGAAGGUCGGUUUGGAAAGAGACGACGACCGCGUGCCGCAGUGCACUCAACACAAGAUGGACUCCGAUGACUACUGGCAUUGCGCUAUCACAUACGAGACCAGACCCGAGAAUCACCAGAGCGGCUCCUGCAAAAUGGGUCCUUCCAGCGACCCGAUGGCGGUGGUCAACCCAAGGCUACAGGUUCACGGAAUCGAGAAUCUGAGAGUGGCCGAUGCCUCUAUCAUGCCUCAAGUGAUAUCCGGUAACCCUGUGGCGGUGAUCAACAUGAUCGGAGAACGGGCAGCCGCUUUCAUCACACAAGAUUGGAAUGACCAAUCGGACUGAACUGGAAUCGAAAUAUGUGCCAAAUGAUAAUACGUAAAUAUGUUUUGAAAAUUGGACACUCGAAGAUUGCGAGCGAAUAAAUCAUUUUUUUUGACCAGCAUUAA